GAGUGGGGAUUGCACAUGGUUUUUUGGACAGCUUGUUAUCUUGUUAAAUGUUCUUGGCAAUUCUUGCAAAAAGAUGAGAAUGCUUCGAAUGGCUCAGGCUGAGGAACUAAUUGAUGCAUUAGAGUUGGAGGAAGAAGAAACCGGAAAGGGUUUGAAUCAAGAAAUGGGUUUGGGAAGGCCGUGUGAUACUCGUUGGGGCUCUCACUACAAAACUGUGAUGCAUGUUAUCUCUAUGUAUCCUGCAAUCAGGCGUGUUUUGGUGAAGAUUGGAAAAGAGUAUACUACAGCGGAGGCUCAAUCAGCUAUGACUAUGUUGACAUCAUUUCGGUCAUUCGAGUUUGUAUUCAUGGCACACUUGAUGCAAGAAAUAUUUGGUUAUACCGAGGACUUGAGUAGGGCCUUGCAAAAGAAAGACCAUGAUAUUGUGAAUGCCAUGGAGCUUGUUGAUCUUACAAAGUUUCAUUUGCAGUGCUUGCGGGAAGAGGAAGGAUGGAAUAAUUUUCUUCAGAGGGUUACUUCUUUUUGUGUGAAGUACAAGAUUAAAGUUGUUGACAUGGAGGGUUCUUAUUAUCCUGUUGGGAGGCCUAAAAGAGGGUUCUAUAAUGGCGCAAUGAACUAUCAUCGCUUCCAUGUUGACAUGUUUGUGAGCGUCAUUGAUAGGCAACUUCGAGAACUGAAUGACAGAUUCGAUGAGCCACUGCUAGUGUUGAAAGAGUAUUUUCCACACUGAAUUAUGUGAAGAACAAGCAAAGGAACAAAAUGGGUGAUGAAUAUUUGAACAAUUGCUUGGUUACAUUUAAUGAGAGGGAAUUCUUUAGUCAAGUGAAAGACGAGGAUAUCAUCAAUCUCUUCCAACAAGGGGAUCGUAGAGUUAUAUUGUAGUAAUUGUUACUAUUUUAUAAUAUUUAUGUUUCGAACUUGUACUUUGGUUAUUAUUAUGGAUUCGAUAAAUGUAAUGGCUGUUAUAACUUUUCAUUCACUAUAUUAUAUACAUUUUGCUUCAA